GUUUAUUAAGCUCUGGCUCAGCCUCUCCCUCUCACUCCCCGCUCUCCCUCACCGGAGCCCCUGCCUGCUCCCCUCCCGCCAGCCAGGGAAGAACUGGUCUCCUCCCGCAAUGCWUCUCCCUGUGGUUCUGCUUUGCGCCGUCUGCGCUGCAGCGUUGGCCGAGAACUCGGAUGAUUAUGAUCUCAUGUAUGUGAACAUGGACAACGAAAUAUUCAACGGACUCCAUCCCACUGAGGACCCCACGCCGUGCGACUGCAGCCGGGAGCAUUCGGAGUGGGACAAGCUGUUCAUCAUGCUGGAGAACUCGCAGAUGCGCGAGGGCAUGCUGCUGCAGGCCACCGACGACUUGCUGCGCGGCGAGCUGCAGAGGCUGCGCACGGAGCUGAGCCGGCUGGCAGGAGGCCUGGCGCGGCCGUGUCCCGCGGAGGCCCGGUUGGAGGGCGCGCUGGAUGAGCUGCUACGGGCGAGCCGCGAUGCGGGCCGCAGGCUGGCGCGCCUGGAGGGCGCAGAGGCGCCKGGCGCGCUGCUGGAGGAGCUGCGGCGGACGCAGGCCGAGCUGCGCGCCCUGCAGGGUUGGGCGGCCGGGCGCUGGCUGCCGGCAGGCUGUGAAAYGGCGCUUUUAUUCCCCAUGCGUUCCAAGAAGAUCUUUGGAAGCGUGCACCCCGUGAGACCCAUGACGCUCGAGUCCCUCAGUGUGUGCAUCUGGGUCAAAGCCACAGAGGUACUGAACAAGACCGUGCUGUUCUCCUACGGCACCAAGAGGAGUCCCUACGAGAUCCAACUGUACCUCAGCCCUGGGUCCACAGCGUUUGUGGUGGGCGGAGAGGMGAACACGCUGGUGGCCGACACCGCCGUCUCCCCGGGCAGGUGGACCCACCUGUGUGGCACCUGGACUUCCGCAGACGGGCGCGCGUCACUGUGGGUGGACAGCGAGCUGGUGGCAGCCGCGGCGGGGAAGGCCAGGGGCCACGUGGUCCCCGAGGGCGGCGUGAUGCAGCUGGGCCAGGAGAAGAACGGCUGCUGUGCCGGCGGCUUCGACGAGGCCCGGGCCUUGGCGGGCAGAGUGACGGCCUUGAACGUGUGGGACCGCGCGCUGCGCCCGGAGGAGGUGGCCCAGGCCGCGGGUCCCGAGUCCUGCAGCCGCCGGGGCAACGUGGUCGGGUGGGGCGUCACCGAGGUCCAGCCGCAUGGAGGGGCGCAGUACGUCUCCUAGGCCUGGCGCAGGCGCUGGAGCCAAGGUCAUCCUGGCUGACACGCCGCCAGCCUCCAGAAGGCUCCGAAGCUUGGUGCACAACGAGAACACUUGAGACCCACGACUGCCAGAGUCAUUUUGGGCCYGUAUUUACCUUGGCACAAUCCAGAGUAAACAGCGGAAGGGAGRCACUGGAGAAGGCUUCGGGGUACUGUUACCAGACUCGGUGCCGCGCGGUUUCAGAUWAAUGCGGUGUCGCUGUCAGAUAAACUCCAAAUAAUUGAAAAGAACUGUGUAUGCUGAACAGAGGGACGACUGUUCUGCUUUGCUUUGGUUAAUUUAUUUUUGGCCAGAGACGAAUUUUGCAUUGGAAGAGUUACAAAACAGGAUUUGUUGUCCACUGYUCAUUCUUCUUGGUAUGUACUUUUGCUACAGAAAAUUACGAUAAAAACGUAUUUAUACCACAAAGUGACUUAACGAAUACGAAUGUAGUUUAUGUGUUAUGGUCAAACAUCCCUUUUUCAAGAGGAUAGAUGUGUAACUUAUAU